AUGCGCGUCGCCCUGGGCCUCCUCUCACUGGCCGCUCCGGCGGCCGCCGCGCAUCCGUUCGCCCGCGAAUCGCUGCGGCAGCAGGCGCUCGCCGACGCCUACGUCCCGGCGGCCGGAGGCUGCCCCUGCGCGAGCGCGGCCCUCUGCGAGCCCAUCGGCGGCCCGCCCGUCGCCGCGAGGGAGGUCUUCGGCUUCGUCAGCGGCGCCACGGACCCGGCGGCCGUGAACUGGACGCACGUGACGACCGUGGCCUGGGGCGACGACGCGAUGAUGUGCGCCGCGCACGCGGCCGGCGCGCGCGUCGUCGCCGCCGCGCCCUCGAUCAACCUCACGGCGCUCGAGGACCCGGCGGCGCGCGCCGCGUGGGUCGUCAGGGCCGUCGCGCUCGUCGAGGGCAGGUAUGUCGACGGCAUGACCUUUGAUUACGAGAGCCCGCAGCCCUACGGGUCGCCGGCGAUCGCGGCCUACGCGGCGCUCGUCGCCGCGACGCGACGAGCGUUACACGCGACGAACCCGAGCUACCAGGUGUCGACGUGCGUCGCUUCUACCCCCGACGACGUCGACGGCCGGGGCUACCCCAUGAACGCCCUCGCGGACGCGAGCGACCUGCUCUACGUCAUGGACUACGACACGCGGUCGCAGAUCUUCGACGCGUGCAUCGCCUCGGCGAACGCGCCGCUCCCGGGCACGGUCCACGGCAUCGGCCGCUUCCGCGACCUGGGCAUCCCCGCGUCCAAGCUCGUCCUCGGCGUGCCCUGGUACGGCUACCGCUACGAGUGCCUGCCCGGCGCGACGCUCGACGGGAGGUACUGCGACAUCGAAAGCGUGCCGUUCCGCGGCGUCAACUGCUCCGACGCGGCCGGCUCCGAGGUCGACUACGCGAAGCUACGCGCCGUGGUCCGCAAUGCCUCCGUCCAAACGUCCGCCGAACGUCGCGACGCGAACAUGGACGCGCCCUUCUUCAACGCGCUCGAGCGCGGCGCCGUCGUCCAGUACUGGUACGACGACCCGGCGAGCCUCCGGGCCAAGUUUUCCUUCGCGCGCGGCGCCGGCCUGGCCGGCGUGGGGCCGUUCUGCUUCGGCAUGCUCGCCGCCGGCGACCCGGGCGAGGCCGCCGCGAUGUGGGCGUCGCUCGACGCGUUCGCCGCGUACGGUUGA